UCUAGGAGCAAGCAAAAUGGUCUGUCGUCCGUCUAUCUGCUACGAGGAGCGCAACUCUCCACCAACCUCAGACUUCUUGGGAACGCAAGGCUAGUGUAGGCGCCGUGUAUCGAUGCCAACAUGUCAUGAUCGUGUAUAGCAGACCAGUGCGUCGGUCUCGAUCUCGGGAGGGGGGCUCUGCCUCCAGGGCAGUGAUGCUCAGCCUCAGCCUCCGACUUGUCAACCCAGCCUUGGUUUCGGAGCGAAUGACCGAAAUGAGCCGCAGUGUCGACGACUAUGGUUGUUGUCAGUGCCGGGUCACGUUGAGUGAAUGGAGGAAGUCUCCUUGCGUUGCACGCGCCAUGCCACCGUAGAUCGUGACGCAGGAAUCUAUCGAAGCGCGGGCGGAUGUUACCCCGGCCCGAGCCAUGCAGGCGACC